UCUGUGUGGGGCGUACAGCUCAGCAGCCCUAACCUACCAGCUCCAGGAAUGGACUGACUUUUUAGCUACCCCACCGCUGACAAAACCACUCUUGUUUCUCCACUGCUCCUCUGUUGAAGGGAUAAGCGUUCAGAGUUUAAAUCAAGCCUGGAAUCGUUUUAAUUUGAAGUUGGUUUUGCCGUCUGAGCUACAGCAAAGAUUCGGUGGUUUUUUUUCACUCGCGCGACUUAUUUGUUGCCGUUAGGACGAAACGGGAUUCAACUUAAACGAACCCGCAGACAUUUUGUUAUUUCUGAGAAUUAGUCCCCCCCUCUUGCCUCAUACUUUUUCAGCACGCAGCUGUCUGAAGAGAGCGAGCUGAAAGCUUGGAAGGACCACCACAAGGCGAAGGAAGAAGCCAUUAACGUUACCCUCCGCUCGCUAGCUACAUCCAAACACCGCGGUGUGCAUAACGUUAUUAAUUUUCUUGCGUUGAGCUUGCAUCGCCGCUGCCGCUUGUGCGUUAAAGCGGAAAGCUUGCAGCAGCGAUGGAUCAUUUUGACUGACAGCUUUUUAAGAAUUAGCUAGCUUAGCCACCGAGGAGCCAGCUCUAAUGGUGGUUUCCUGUUCACAGACGCAGUAAAUACGGAGUCGGGACAGGUAUAGCUGAAUCGUUUUGCAUCACCCAGACAAGACACCGAGUCUUUUUACCUCGCCGACGUCCGAAAAGUGCGUUACUUAUAUUCAGCUUGUUGUUUUGUUGUUGUUUUAGUUGGGGGUCGCUAGCUACCGUUAGCUAGUCAUCCCGCUAACGCUGGACAGCUCCUGUUUAAGGCUGGGCUAGCUUUGGACAAAGGACCAACGCGAGGAAAAAUAUAAACACAGGGCACUCAGUUGAUCGUGUUUGGGAAGGAAAGCAACAAACAAGGAAUUGACAUGAUGUUUCCACAAUCAAGACACUCAGCUUCAUCGCAGCAGCUGAAAUUCACAACCUCUGACUCCUGUGACAGAAUCAAGGAUGAGUUCCAGUUCCUCCAAGCACAAUACCACAGUUUGAAGCUUGAGUGUGACAAGUUGGCCAGUGAGAAGUCAGAGAUGCAGCGCCACUAUAUCAUGUACUAUGAGAUGUCCUAUGGGCUCAAUAUCGAGAUGCACAAACAGGCUGAGAUAGUGAAGAGAUUGAACGGGAUCUGCGCACAAGUCCUCCCCUACCUGUCUCAGGAGCACCAGCAGCAGGUCCUGGCGGCCAUAGAGAGGGCCAAGCAGGUCACCCCCCCAGAGAUGAACUCCAUCAUAAGGCAGCUCCAGGCUCACCAGCUGUCUCAGCUCCAGGGCCUGGCCCUGCCCAUGACCCCUUUGCCGCUGGGACUGAGCCAGCCAACCCUCCCCGCCGUCACCACCUCCUCUGGUCUCUUCUCUCUCUCCUCCCUGCUGGCCUCCCAAGCCCAGCUGGCCAAGGAGGAAAAAGCGUCACGUGACGGAGUUGACAGCCACCGCGAGGAGGACGGAGACAAGUCUGAUUAAAUGGUGUCCCCCAUUCAGCUCUGUUUUUAUCCAGAGACCUGAAUCCCCAGAUCUGAGCCCCCUUUGUCCUACAGCCUCUCCCCUGGUCUCCCUCUCUCUGACCUUGGCUAACAUGUUCAAUCCCAUCACCACAGCUCCAUCUACAGACCCCUUACCAACUCCCAUGAGCUUUGACACCUGCCCCUCAUGUCAGACUAGCCCAGAUUGCUUCAUAUUUACCAUACUUGGGUUGUUUCUUUAUCCCCCCACCUCAUUACCACCAUCAGAGAGUUUCUCUCUUCUGUGUCUUUUCUUCAGAUAGUAUCUUUUUUUUUCUUUUUUUUUAAUGCAUUUUAUCAGGACUACUUUCUAUUUCUGUUCCUCCCUCUCUCCCUGUCACUCUGUCUCUCAGUUCUUAUUCCUGUUUAGUUUCUGUUUAGUUUUUAUUCCCCCUCCGUGCCUCUCUUCCUCCCACUCUCGCCCACCUCUCGCCUCUGUUCAAAGCGGUUCCUUGUCAUGCAGGACUGAUCUGUGAGACUGAACUCUCAGUACUGUAGGUGUUCAAAACAUGUUAAAUGUUAAACAGGGAGUCUUUGGCAGGCAGUAAAACUUGUCAGACACAACACAGGAUUCCUAGAAACUUAAUUUUCCUAAGAAAGAGGUAUCACCAGAGAUCAACAGCGUUGAUAUUUCUGGGCAGUUCAGAUUACAGGUAUUCAUUACUAGCAAAAAGUUGGCUUUGUUUUAAACGGUGGAUUGUUUGAAUCAGAUCAGUGUUUACAUAGUGCCCUCAUGCCCCUGCUGAAGAGAGAAACCUCCCUAAAGUUACACACACUCCCAAUCUAAAAACUGCUGCAGAAUCGUUAUGAAGGAGAAGACAUCUGCAUUCAACAAACUAGAGAUGUUGUGUAAAAUCCUGAAUUUGUAUGGAGAAAAGAAAAGCACCUUCUUAGAGCAAAUUUACUGCUGAGAGCCGUCCGACUGGAUAACGAACCAACCUUAGUAAAUAAUAUCCCCUACUCCCGAUCCUUCCCUGACCCUGUGCGGUACGUUAGAUAAAUCUGCCAAGCAUCUUAACUGAAAGGCAAAGUUUCCAUCAGUAGUUAAAUGAACAGCAAUGUUGCUUGACUCCUGCACCCUCCCAUCACCUUAUUAAUCUUUCACGUGCACAAAUAUUCAAGCAGGCACAGAGGGGAGAUCGAGUGUGCAUGCUGUGUGUUUGACAGCAGAGGGCAGUGUGUGUCUUUGAGGAAUCCUCUCCUCGGUGAGCUCAGGCCUGAGCAAAACAAGGGUUGGACAAUGACAGAGUACAGGCUGUGUCACAAGGGGAAUGGCUUAUUUAUCCACUCUGUGUGUACAAACUUAAUAUACAGAGACUAGACUGGUGACAUUAAUCUCUGCAUGCGGUCGGUCCCAGUCCCUGUCAUGAUCCAGUUCUUGAGAAACAGUCUUAGGUUUAUUUUAAGGAACGUCUCCACGUGAAACAAACACAACUGGACCUGUGCUUUUUUGAUCGGUCUAUAAUUCAGAUUUAAAUACUGUACAUUUUGAUUCACUGUACAUAUACAGGUCUGUCACAUAUCAGACUUAACACCACAUUGUACAUACGAUCUAACUCCAUGAUCUAACAAAAUUAAAUCAGUGCAGAACACACACAUGAAGCACAAGCGUCCUCCACAGCUCUGAUGAGUAAAAAACAAAAACAAACUCCCCCCUCAGGCUCUGCACACCUACUCAGCUGUUUUCAAUUACCUUGUCUGAACAGGCCUCUAGUCAAGUGGAAGUUGGGGGAGACCAUGCUGAGAAUACUGUGUUCAAAAUCUGUCCCCAUCUGCUACCUGUGGCACUCGAUAUACCCUCUGCCUUUUUAUUUGAGUAUCAGAACUCCGUAAUGUUUGAGUGCCCUCAACCUUCCCACAUCCAGGGCGUCCUGGUGGCUCCGUGGUUAAAACGCCUCCAGGUUGUUGCAGGCUAAUGCCCCAUUUAAUUCCUGGGGUUUAAUUACUUCACAAUGAACUUCGGCUGGUGUGAGCCGUUCAUGUUCAUUUGGCUUUCAUGCACUUUUCUGUUAUUAAGGGCCAAGUAAGAUAAAUCAGAGCUUUCAGAGUUUCCCGGUCCUAAUUUCCGCUAGAAGUGUGUGGGAGAUGGGAGAGAAGAGGUCUAACCAGGCAACAUUAGUGAAAACACCUGUGUGGGUGGACUAUGGGUGUUGGUUUAACGGGUCCAGCAGCAGCCACAAUGGCCCCAUUAAAUGUCUUCUUUCUACAAACCUCAGCGCUCGGCCCUCAAAGAUUAUUUGAUCAACUAGAAGCCGAUGGCGAUGGCCUGUGUUUGAGCGUUAAUGUGAAGACAGCCUGUGUACGAAGUAAUUUUAUACAAACCCUACACACAGAAACACACACACACACACACACACACACACACACACACACACACACUUUCUUAACCUCCCCUCUCUGUUUUAAUGGGUACUCUGAGUGAUAAAGAGUUUCAUUCUAAAAUAAACAAUCCUUGACCCUAAUUUGGGAAAUGAAACACUAAACUUUAAAUCUCUGGCAUGACAAUGAUAAAGCACAUUUUAGCAUUUAAGUCAUUCAGAAAGCAAAAGGACAAAAAUUGCAUGUCACUGCAUUCAGAAUAAAACCAUCAUGCGCCUAAAAGUUGAGUUAACAUGCUGUUGGUGGGAUGACUCUUUCAGUGAUACCAGUAAUAGUGAGUUUACGUGAAUACAUAGACGAGGUGUGUAUAAACGGCUGUACAGGUUUGGUGGUCGUUUAUAAACUACAGUUUUGAAGUGCGUUCCCUUUCUUACUUCAACUAAAGCUUACAUGCCAUCACUGCUUGUGAAUUAAGCAUCGCCCUCCCAUCUGUCCAUAUACUGUAUGUAUCUAGCUACAUACUGUACUUGUCGUAGUGAAAUGCAGAGCGUGUAGACAAAGCGACACACACACACACAUACAUCAAUGCAUGCAUGUCUGCGGGGGAACAAAAAUUGAUUUCUUUCUGUUUGGUCCAAACUUUCUGUGAUCGAUGCACUUGUUUUGUUUUUUUUGCCUCUUUGUUUUGAAAUAUUAAUCAAUAUGAACUAGAACGAGAAUUGCAAAGCUGACGUUAUAAACAUACAAAUGAAAUUCUAUGUAUUUGUUAAAGUAGUUGGAGGUGCUCGCCUCUGUAUACAGUUAUACAUAGAAAGCUUUAUGUGUAUAUAGCUGCACCUUUUCUUGUCUGUCCUGGAUGAUUCUUGUGUUAUUGUGUUACAAAACUGAUGUGACACCAGGGGGGAAACUGCAGUACAUUGACCUUUUGCCCUUUGACCCUUUUCUUCUUCUCUGACCCCCCCACCCCAUCCCUUGCCACAUACUACCUUACCAACUUUUUGCCCCCAUAGCGUGAAGCAUUGUAAGCGUUUUGAGCUUUGUAAAGGUCUUUUUUUAAAUACUUAUUUUGUGCAUAAUGUAAAACCUGAAAGUGUGUACUUUGGCAAAAAAAUGUUUUGUGUCUGAAAUCAUAGCUUCAUUGAAACAAAAAAAGAAACUAUAAAAAAGUACAACAAACAUUUACUAUAAAUAAUAUGAAAUGUUCUGCAGUAAGGAAGGACUUCUGGUGCCUUACAAAUAAAGUCAAUCAAAUCAUAA